CAAAAGUCGAUUGACUCUUCCAAACAAAAUUAUCGUGCGGAAAACGAGGAAAACGAAAACGAGAUUCUGGGGCGGCAGAAAGGGAAGUCCCGCCGAGGAGCAGCAUGACCUCCAUACUGGACAUGAAGGCCGGUCCGCCCGACUAUUGGGCGGAGAUCAGCAACUUCUUCCUGCCGCUGAAAUACUUAAUCACCAACGACCGCUUUGAUUCUAUGGUCAGGGAUAUAGACCUCUAUUACCUGAUAAACGGUGUAUUUUGGAUAUUUGUGGCGUUGUCCUGCGGCUACUACGCCUUCCAGCGGCUCUUCCAGUUCUUUCUUAAAUCGUCGAACAUGAAGCACUUUCAGCGGAGGCUGUUCGCCCGCGUAAUCUGGAAUAUCGCCUUCUAUGCGGCGAGCUGCUUGUUCCUACACUUCUACAAUGAGUUCAUGAUCCUGCCCCAGCUGAUGAAGAACCAGGGACGCUACUCGCUCUUCUAUUCCUCCGAUAAUCUGAUCUUCUACAGAUCCCAUCAGGCGGAAAAGUUUCAAUUCUAUUCGAUAUUUAUCAUCACGUUUUACCUGCAUGGGGCAUGGUUGGACUUUAAGGAUGCCGAUUUCUUGGAGGUGGGCUCCAAGGGACUAUACCUGCUGGCCCUCGUCGCAAUCGAUGUUUACAGGUACGAGAACUACUUUGUUGGCCUUAAUCUGACAGUGGGGCUGUACAGCAUAUUAACGGAGGUGUUGGCCCUACUGGUCCUGCCCAGCACCAAUUCGCAUAGGAUCAUCUACCAGGUUUUCCUUGGCUUGCGGAUCGUUGUGUGGGCGCAUGUGUUCGUCAAUCUGCUGCCAUUCAAGUACUUCAUACCCACAUUGUUCGCCAAGAACUUUAAGCUGCCCCUGAAUGUGCCCAUUUGGCUGUGGUACGGUCUCUCGAUUUGGAACUCACCGGUGCUACAGUACUUCUACCAUCAGAUAUAUCACACAGCGCCCUCGGAUUGUUCAGGUGAAGGAUCGGCGGCUAAGUGCAUCCUGGUCAAAGACACCAGUGAGUUCCGUCACUACAAAACGCUAAAAAAGGCUUAUUUGGAGGUCAAGCUGGCACAUAUAAGAACAACGUCCAAUUCGCUUCCCUCUGAAACCAGUUCGGCUUCAGCUAAAACCUUCCAGGCUAUCAAAUGUGUCAUGAUGCUGAAACGGAAAUUGAAGCGGAUUCGUGAGGGUCGCGGCCAUGAGCCGGAGGAUGAUAAUGAUGACCAGACCAACGAUACCUAAUCACCUUCUGGACUUUAAUGGAUGUCGCACAACAUUACACAAGUAGAUACACAUUUCCUUAAUCCAAACCAAAAAAGACAAACAAGGCUAAAAAUUCACCAAGUUGAAACUAGCUCUCUCUCACUCACACUGGUUGAUUGAGGUUUAUGCGUUUUUGCUAAAUCGUGAUUAUCGUACAGUGCGUUUUGGCAAUCUUAGUAAAUCUCAAGAAAAAAUACGAAUAUAGUUGGCAACCUACACUUUGAUAAUUGCUAGCAUACAUAUUACUAUUAAUUUAUUAGUUGAAUCUAUAAUUUGUUAACGAAUUGGUUGUAAAAGUUGUGAGCAAUUCAAUUGGUUGGCCAACAUUUUACGUGAUAUUCCAAAAGAUGGAAAUAUUACUAAAUGAAUUAUAUAUUAAUAUAAUAUUUCCAUUUUUUGGAUUACAACUUAAAAUCUUGACAACCUAUAGAAUUUUUUAUAGCUUCUACAACCAAUUCCUCAAUAAAUUCUUGAUUUCAAAAUAUUUCUAUGGUUCAAUUAAUAAAUUAAUAAUAAUUUAUGUUGAUUAUUUAUGAUGUAUCUAUAUUACAUGCCAAAUCGCUGGUGCCUACAGAUUAUGAAAUGAUGAUGAUGAAUGAAAAGAGUUAAUCUCAAAGGCUAAACAUAAAUCAAAAAUUGUGAGGCUCAUUAAAAUAAUCUAGAAAUAUUUAUAAUAAUAAUAUACUUCUUAUAGUUUAUCAUUCGAUUGUUGUCAAGCGCACUGUACUAAGUGUACUUAUUCGUGAUAAACAAUGCAGUGUGUUUUACGUUAGCAAAUACACUGCUCUUACUAGUAAAGAAAAUUAUUAAUUUAACCUCUAGAUCAAUUUACAAUGUAAACCAAUCACGAUUUAGCUAAUUCGCACAGACUUAUCGGCUGAAAAACCAAUCCUUAGCAAAUUUAAACUAAUAUUGCCCGAAUUUUGGCGUCAGCAGAGAUCAUCUCCGAUGAUAUAUACAUAUAUAGUUACUAUAUCUCUUUAACUCUCUCUCUCUCCCUCGCACACACGAAUGCACUUUCUCAGUCCGUUAGAUUUGUAAGUCGCCUUCAACUUAUUGUUGUUGUUUAUUCGCUGUGACUUAAUGACAUAUUUAAAUAUUGUAAUGUGUUUUUUCGUUCUUUUUAAUUGAAAUAUACUAUAUAUGGGCUAAACGAGCGCAAUUGAAA